AUGCCAAGGGGGAAACCUGCUCGAAAGAGACCUGCUGCGUCUGUCAGCGCCGAGCGGCAACCAGCCCAAAGUACUAAGAGGAGACAUACCGGUAGAUCGACCGCAGAUCCUUUUCCAGCUGUAGAGGACAACAUUAAUGCCGUGUCAAACAGUGAAUCAGCUACCAAUGAGGCUACUGAUGCUGUCUGCACUCCAAGUUUGGAUUCUGCCUCUGUCAAUGGUCCUGGAUCGUCUAUCCAAGGCAGUACAGCAGUUUCAGCGUUUUCGGACCCUUGUACCCCAGGCAGACUUGGAACCAACACCAAUACCAGAUUCUUUCCUAACCAUCAUUUCCAGGCUGAGUUUAACAGAUUAAUUCAAGGUUCUAUUGCACCAAAUACUAGGCUGGCUUAUGAGACAGGUUUAGUUGAAUUUGACCGUUUUAGGGUCUCCAGUGGGUUACCUUUAGUAUGGCCUCCUCCUGAUCAACAUAUCAUACAAUUCAUUGUUAGCUGUUCUGUAAGAGGUUUGUCAUCUGCAUCUGUAAGAACCUGUCUGUCUGGCAUUAGUUUUAAAUGUAAACUUCAAUGCACACGAGACCCCACCCAAAAUUUUGUUGUCAAAAAGCUGUUGUCAGGCAUGUCAAGAUUAAUAAGUACCACUGAUGUUCGACUUCCCAUUACACCUGCUUUAUUGGAAAGGUUAAUAAAUGUACUUCCAGUUGUUUGCAGCUCCUUGUAUGAAGUUAAAUUAUUUUCGGCCGUUUUUUCGUGUUCAUAUUUUGGUCUAUUCAGGGUGAGUGGGUUAGUGUUGGAUAGCAAGAAAGGCAGUAGUUCCCAUGCAAUGGAUGUCUCCAGCAUCCAAUUUUUCAGGACAAUUCAGCUGUUAAAUUUAUGUGGCCCAUUCAAAAACAGAUCAACUUGGUAG